AUGCAAUCUUACAAAGGAUCCGAUUUCCUGGAGGCCGGGACAUUGUCCCGCUCUCGCAGUACCAGUCUCUCCAGCGACUCGCAACACCCCCGAGUCACCUUCAUGUCGCCUCCCUCGGUUCGCCCGCCGCCUGCUUUCAUCUCGUCCUCCGCUGCCUCGGAGAUCAUCACUUCUGACCAAGAAUUCAACGCCGCCGACUUUGCUCCCGAGGAUGAGGGGACGGGCGCUGGCGCAAAUGCGCUGGUGACCCCCGCCGCGCUCUCUUUGCUGAAUGGCUUCCUCGACAACCUCCUGUUCAAUAUUCUGGCCACAUCCAAGUCGACCCAGCUCGCCUGCAUCCGACCCGCCCUGGCCGAUGUGCUGAAGCCGCGCUUGGCUUCGGAGGUGGUGGCUACCGCUGACGAGGAGUUGAGCGAGUAUAUGGGAGGUGCGGAAGAUGAGCAGACCGAGUUUCGCGGGGGUCACGAACCGGGCGGCGAUUUCGACCUCGUGCGCUCGUGGAAGUUGACGCGCCUGCGUUGUAUGGUGUACACUCGGCUGGGUGACAUGGAAGAGGAGGAUGAGGACGAAUUCAUUUCGCAGGAGGGCCUGGGCGAGAACGACGGAGCACCUCGCAGAUUCACGAGUCAUGUCGACAACAUUACGCCCGCGGCAGCUAUCUUCCUGACCUCGAUUAUUGAACACAUUGGCGAGCGAGCGCUCGUGAUUGCGGGCGAGACGGCGCGAUCCCGCCUAUUGGCGAAAUUGAACGACGGGCAGGACGACGAGGCAGACGAGGAUGAGGAUCGCAAGCGAAUCGACCGACUCGUGGUGGAGGAUCUAGAUAUGGAGAAAUUGGCGCUGAAUGCGACUCUCGGGCGAUUAUGGCGCACAUGGAGGAAGCGCAGACGUAACACCACUCUUGCAAGGGCUUUGUCGCGCGAAUCCUUCCGUCGACGCGGAUACACACAGAAUCUCGCGAAUAGCCGGAAAAGCAGCGUCGUGACUGUCGAAGAGCCCAUGAGCCCUCAGGAACAAGCGCUGCUUGAGGAACUUCCCGCUCCAGUUGACCCUGCCGCUGUCCCUCUGCCCAUUGGCGAUUAUGAUGUGCAGGAGAUUGAGGUUCCCGGAUUUUCGUCCGAGUUGGAGGGUGAAGUACAGACCAUGGAAGCUGUGGUGGCGCACAAGGUGCGACCGCGUAGUCUCAUGGUCUUCUCAUCCCCCUCCCUGACACCCAAGUCCCCUGGCUCAACUGGCUCGCCUGUAAGUGCGGGUGCCAUUGACAACGCGAAGAGUCUCCGCCAUACCCGCUCCAGGUCCUUGCCAAAUGCGGCGGCCAGUCCACCGCGCGCACCGCGCCAGACCUCCCAGCAGGCCGAUCCUACUGCGACAGCCGAUCAGCCGUCUCCCCAGUCGUCUGAGGAGAAGAAACAUCUCGAAACCAUGUAUGAAGAUGACGAAUCGACGGAAUUCGUGGACGCUGCAGAGAUUGCCCCUGGCACCGCGAUCACCACGUCACACGAGGAGGCCCUAGAGCAGUCCGCGGCAGAAUCUGCAGAGAAAGACCGAAUGCCUGUGGUACCGGAGGAGGAAGAGGAACAGCCGGCUCCAGCUGCUGUAUCUGCUGCAGGUCCUCCCGUCAACGAAAUUGUCGCGUCCCUGCGAUCUUGUGAGGACGAGGAGGACGCUGCGACCGGUCACAGCGCUCGUGUUUCGGUCGCACCCCUAGGUGAUCGACCUACCAAUGAUCCCGAAGUAAUUGAGGGACAAGGAUUGCGCGAGAAGCCUACGUUGACGUCGACAAUUCACCGACCAAGGCGAAAGGCCAGCAAGGAUCAUGCAAUUCUCAACGCAAAGCCGAUCAUUGCAGAGACUAGUGAGGAUGGUAUGAACUCCGUCAUGGAGAAGCCGCCAGCCACGCAAGGGGUUGAACCCACACCCACACCAUCUGGUGCCACCAUCGAGGCUAUCAAUUCUCCUCGCGAUGAAAAAGAUCUUGAAGAUAGCGAUCAGCAUAUAUCAGCCAUGAAUUCCACGCCAGCGAUCGCCCAUGCGAAAGACGAAGUGAAACCCGAGAAGACCAGCGACCCGGUUGUCGAAGAACCAGUCGUUCCUACCGAAUCCACCGAGCCUAAGAUUGAACAUUCUGCGGUUCAAGAGCCAGGUUUUGUCCCCGAGUCGCCUCGCCCGGCAUCUGCUACAGGUAGCGAGCGAUCGCAAAAGUCCCGACGCCACAGGCCCAGUCCACUCGUGGUCGCACCAAGCACCCGCACGUCCCCGAAACUUGAGCAACGAGCGGCGGUCCAGCGCAUGCCUCGCUCAAAUACGUCAGUUUCAUCUACGAUUCAGACCAAGUCUCGUCGCUCGGAAAGUGUGAGUAGCUCUCGCGACAAGCGUCCGCUCACCGCCGGCUCCACUACAUCAUCUCAAGUAUCCAGCAAGCUAAAGGGUCUCAUGAAUCGUCCUCAAGGCGAAUCUCCCUCACUGCGUCUGCGUAGCUCGUCUGAGACCAGCCGGGCAUCUGGCAGCGCAGGCUCUGUGGAUAAUGAUGCUACGGACCUUGAUAAGCUGAUCAACAGCGACGAGACUAUCCAUUUCACUCUGACGCCUCGCAGUGUCCGAGAGAUGCAUUUCCCGGAUAUUCCUCGGCAAAUUCCGCGCUCUGACACUACGGACACGACCGAUCUUGCCGACUUUAUCAAGAAUACUGGGCCGCCUGGAGAGGAGCCUCGGCCGCGAACUUCUGUAUCUUCAAGACACACCAACGAUAUGAAUGCCCUCGGACGCACCAAGUCCAUCGAGUCUCCGAAGCACAUCCCGAUCGCUUCUCGGAUGGCUCUACCGGCAAAGUCUCCUGCACGAGAGGUUGCCCGUUCUGCAGGCACUCCGACCUCGAUUCGUGAUAUGGCCGGGAGCACAAAGUCUGCCGGUCCUGCCAGCGCGCCUGUCCAGCAAGCUAGCUCCCCUACUCGCCCUUCAUCCAGCUUCUCCGCCAAUACAAACAACACAAGUCGGUCCAACCCGAACCGACCCCGUCUCCAGGCCCGUCCUGCUGAGACUCGAGGCUCUCAGACCUCGGAACUGAUCGACUUCAUCCGCGAGGGGCCACCACAGCCAGGUGCUCACCGUAUUCCCCGUACGGUGGCACCAUUCCGCAACACUCUCGACUCGGAUGAUAUCCACUUCGAUUCUCCACACGAGAGGGACCAGGGCAGCUCUUUCGCCAGCACUCGGGAUAGCUCUACUCCUAACAAAUCCCUGACUUCCCUUGGCUCACGGACCGGGCUGCUGGAUUCGAGCAAUCGUGCGAACGGCCAUGCCAAGGCUGCGCCGACGAGCGCCGUGAUGCAAGACGACGACCGUCCUGUCCCUGUUCGCAAGCAACGUCGCAUCCCAGGUCAAGCACCAGACCCGUAUGCCAUUGACGACGACGACGACGACGAUCUCUUGGAAGAACUCAUCAACGCUAAACCGCCCCAGCGGGAGGAAGAAAGUCUGAUCGACUUCCUCCGCAGCGCACCUCCGCCGGACUUUGAGCAGGCGCAACCCCAGCCGCUGAAUGUUAACAUUCCCUCCUCCAGAACCAACGGCACAAGUAUGAAGUCCCGACUCAUGCGCAGCGCUACCUCGGCCGAUAAAGCUCCCUCCUCGAAGAUUUCUAUCAGCUCCCUCCGCUCGCAGGGCACACUCAGCUCUCAGCACCAGCAGUCAUCCCACUACUCUUACAAGGUUGGCAUGGCUCGUAACCCGGGUAGCAUGCCAUCCGCGACCAACAGGCCGACAGAAACCUCUGCUCUGGCGGACUUCCUCCGUAACACUGGUCCCCCAGAACCGCCUGCCGGUCAUGAUCUGGGCACCAAGGGGAAGGAGGGCAGUUUCUCGCGGUUCUUCGUGCGUCGCAAGAAACUCGAGGCCUAA